GACUGCCGCCUACUAAUCAGCAGCGGGGAUGCCUGAACCGCUGUUUACCUAGUACACCCAGCCUACAAAAUGCAGCCCGCCCUCUUCCCUUCUCCCGCAAUCCCUCCCUCAGCCCGCCUUGACUACUGCUAUAUCACUCCCACCCGCGCACCUGCUCGCUGAACUUUGCCCCCACAUCCGGAAGUCGCCUAGCCCCGCGUCAUACCUCAGCACUCAACCACCACCAGUGCCCUGCAGCCUGUAUCCGAGGCACCCGUUUGCUACCAUCUCCUCACUGCACCCCUGCGACUCUGACGCCAUUUCUUGCCCCAUCGCGCCGCUCACUCUGCCUUUCACCCUCUAACCGGCGAAUCCCCGAGCGGAGUCUGUCCCCCGCUGUUGGACCGAGACUCCUCUCAACCAUUCACACCUCACCACCCAGCACAAUCAUGGCUUCGACAACGAACAACGACAUUGCGCUCGACGCUGGUUUCGAUAAUACCGAUGCCAUGACCCUCGAAACCUACAGAUUCCCAGUCGACAGGCUAAAGAAGCAGUUGUCGGACGACAGCAAGACGCCGAUUGUGCUUGUUUCCUGUGGGUCUUUCUCGCCACCGACCAACCUGCACCUUCGCAUGUUCGAAGAAGCGACCGACUUUUGCGAGUUUGAGACCGACUACGAGGUCGUUGGCGGAUUUUUCAGCCCUGUCGGCGAUGCCUACAAGAAGGCUGGACUAGCGUCCGCGAACCACCGCAUCAACAUGACAAGGAUCGCCGUGAAGGAGAGCUCAACCUGGAUCGGCGUUGAUCCGUGGGAGCCGCUCCACAAGGAGUACAUGCCCACUGUCAAGGUCCUAGAUCACUUCGACCACGAGCUGAACACCGUCAUGGGCGGAGUCGAGACAUCGACUGGCGAAAAGAAGAAAAUUCACGUCGCCUUGCUCGCAGGAGCCGAUCUGAUCCAGACCAUGAGCACUCCCGGACUCUGGGCGCAGGAAGACUUGGUGAGAAUCUUGGGUGUCUACGGCGCUUUCAUCCUCGAGCGCAGCGGUACCGAUAUCGAUGAUGCGCUUGUCAGCCUGCACCAGUGGAAGGACAACAUUCGGGUCAUUCCCCAACUUAUCCAGAACGAUGUUUCUUCGACUAAGAUUCGCCUGUUCCGCAAGCGCGGAAAGAGCAUUCGUUACUACAUCCCUGACAAGGUGGUUGACUACAUCUACGAGCACGGCCUGUACGCUUCAGACGACGAGAAGUCGAAGGCGACCGACACUGGAAAGAACAAGGCGUCAGACAGCGCAAGCUCGUCCGCAGUCGCCUCGUCGUGAGCGCCUUCGGCCGUACUACGAAGAGCGACACCGAGACACAAAAAGUCACAUGACAGCCAUGGACUCACCCCGCAUCCCUCUUCCGAUCAGGACUGCCGCGCCGAUCAAAGCACUUGACGCUUAGAGCGGCCGUUGAUCUCAUGUAGCCGGCAGUUGGGCACGAGCUACAUAUUACAGGCAUCUCAUACAGGGCAUCCGCCCGCGGAUAAACCAGGAUGGGAUAGAGGGGCCAGGGCACGCAUCGCAGCCCUAUAUAUACGGACUCUACAGGAGUGGAGCGUGUGCAUUUUCAUUCUUACUUUAUGAUACCAUACAGAUGCGAAAGCGUCACCAAAUAAUAACGAUCACGACUACAAUU